AUGAGUGACCCUGCCGUGCCCGUUCUCGUGCAGGCCGAGACACUGGUAUUCGACGAUGAUGCCGGCACCGUGAGCGCCGGCCUGCUCGCCACCGAGGUCAGCGAGAACCCCGCUCUUACCGUUGACCAAAUAAUCGCCAUCCUCUGGCCUUCGCCGAGCGCACAGCCGCUCCUAGUCGGGCUCAUCGAAACCGCUAACGAUGCCGACGCGCCGUUUCGACUCGUCGCUAUCCAAACGCCCGAAAAGCUGCCGCCGCAGCUCGCCUCGGUUCCACGGGUCGCCCAGCUACCAACCCAUCUUGCCCGUGGAGGCGGCGGUGUCGUCGACUACGUUCUCUCGACGAAAGCAGGAACCGGCCGCGCCGUGCCGUUCUGGGAGGCGGUUCUGAGCCCGCUGCUGCGCUUCGCCGCGGAGGCCCUCUCACAAGACACAGAGCCCGACCACGUGGUGGUGACAGAAAGCAAUGAUAGCGUCCGCGAGUAUGCGCGUGGCAAGCAUGCGGCCGCAAAGGAUGGGCCUCGUACCGUUGUACUGCUCAGCGGCGACGGCGGGGUGGUAGACCUGCUCAACUCGUCACCGCCAGAGAAGGAGGGUAAAGAUGAGGCCGCACCUCCGCUCCUGCCUACCAUCGUCCUGAUACCGCUCGGAACCGGCAAUGCGCUCUUUAACUCGCUGCACAAACCGCUCUUCACAGGACCCUCAGAACUGGUCCUCGCGCUCCGCACGCUGCUCAGUGGCGUCGCCGCGCCGCUACCCACCUUCCACGCUUCGUUCCCGCCCGGCUCGCGCAUCGUCAAGUACAUGAACAGGGAUGAAUCAUCGUCCGGCGCGGAGACGCCUAGCGAAGUCGCCGCCGCCGAGGCCCAGCUCUACCGCCACGAGACGGACGUCGCCGCCCUGCACGGCAGCAUCGUCGCGAGCUACGGCUUCCACGCCAGCAUCGUCUACGAGAGCGACACGCCGGCGUACCGCGCGCACGGCGCCGCCCGCUUCGGCAUGGUCGCGCAGGAGCUCCUCAAGGAAUCGCACCCCUACGCCGCCGAGGUCUCGAUCCGGCGACCGGGUGCCGGUGCCGGUGAACUGGAGCGCGUCCCGCGCGACGUGCACGCGUACGUGCUCGCUGCCCUCGUGUCCAACCUCGAGCGCACAUUCACCAUCUCGCCCGCGGGCAAGCCGCUCGACGGGCAGCUGCGGCUCGUGCACUUUACGCCGCUGGGGCCGGAGCGCACCAUGGAGGCCAUGAUGAAGGCGUAUGACGGCGGCAAGCACGUGGACGCGCAGUGGGAGGACGGCUUGCGGGUGCACUACGAUGACAUCGAGGAGCUCGCGAUCCGGGUCGAGGACGAGGAGGAGCGCUGGAGGAAGGUCUGCAUCGACGGCACGAUUGUGGACAUUCCCAAGGGUGGCACGGUGCGCGUACGGAGGGAGGAGAAGAGCCGGUUCAACAUUGUGGUGGAUUCACGCGUGAUUUAG